ACCUCAAAAGAAGGGAAUGGAGUUUGAGAUCAUUGAAAUCCAUUGUUGUCGGCCAUGAAGUGAGAGACCUUUGCCAGACGCUCCCUCCAGCUCACUGCAGGAACAAAAUCUACAGACCAGACUAGACUGAAACCUCAGAAAUCUUUUACUAAUAGGUCCUUCAACUCCUCAGUUGUUUGAAUCAGGCAGGACAAAUUUGGAAUUGAAGAUUUUGUGGAUAGCUUGGAGUCCCCCUCUCUGCAUUGGAAGACUUGCCUGGCUACAAGAGAAGCAGCACUCCCUCACUGAGCACAGUGCCCCUGGACAUUUGCCACCAUUACAGUGUUGGAGCUUACGCUUGCUAUGUUUGUCCCAGUUUCUCUCCAGAAGAAAUUGGAAACCUAACUGCCUACAGAGGCCAGAAUGGUGGAAUGAAACAGGAAGCCGCUAAGCGAGCUGGAGAGCCAAGCCCUUUCUGGAGGAGCAGCCACUGCUCUGCUCCAGAUAGCCUUGGCAAGGCAGGAAUGUUGACCCACUCUUGCCACACUCACUGUCCAGUUUAUCAGGCUACAUCAAUGGAAUUUUGAAGUCAUGAAAACAUCAGAUGAACCAGCCUGCAACACCUUGAAUUCACAUUGGAAAAUGAAGUGGAAGCUUAAAGCAUGUGGCCUUUAAAGGCGGGCAGUACUGGAGACAUUACUGGGCUGGUGGUGUCAAGACAGAUCAGUUUCUAGACAGUAGAAGUUGUUUUAGCCCAGUAUCAAGGUUCAAGACAAAAUGUACAACUAAAAACUUUUCAUCCCUUCCUCUUGUGCUUCAGACAGGGACCAGCAUCGGUGAAUUAUGAUUUUCCCUGGUUGAGAGUGGUUUUGCCUUUGUAGACCAUGCCUAGGAAUGAAAUACUUUUUUAUUUAAUGUAGAUUAUAAUGGGAAACACUUUCACAAUGGCUGAUUUCAAGGACUUGGUUCCAAACUGAGCCCAAGUUUCCCCAUGUACUUCAUAGUCCGGGAAAACUGUGCUGUGCUGGCCCAGUUUUGAAGGCCACCAUGCUCUGUAAUAAAAGGAUAUCAUCUUAUUGCUGAUAUCUUUGGAGCACCCAAGCAAACACAGAAAAUGAAUGGAGGCAAAGAGUGUGACGGAGGAGACAAGGAAGGAGGUCUUCCAGCUAUCCAGGUUCCUGUGGGUUGGCAGCGUCGUGUGGACCAUAAUGGCGUGCUUUACAUCAGUCCCAGUGGGUCUUUGUUAUCUUGCUUGGACCAGGUUAAGACAUACCUGCUUACUGACGGAACAUGCAAGUGUGGCUUGGAGUGCCCUCUUAUUCUUCCCAAGGUGUUUAAUUUUGAUCCUGGAGCUGCUGUGAAGCAGAGAACUGCAGAAGAUGUUAAGGCAGAUGAUGAUGUCACAAAGCUAUGCAUACAUAAAAGAAAAAUCAUUGCAGUGGCCACACUUCAUAAAAGCAUGGAGGCCCCACACCCUUCUCUGGUGCUCACCAGUCCUGGAGGAGGAACAAAUGCAACUCCAGUAGUACCUUCAAGGGCCGCAACUCCAAGAUCAGUAAGAAACAAGUCUCAUGAAGGAAUUACAAAUUCUGUAAUGCAGGAAUGUAAGAAUCCUUUUAAGUUAAUGACUGGAUCGUCAAAUGCCAUGGGAAGGCUAUACAUGCAAGACCUGCCUGGAAGCCAACAGCAGGAGCUCCACCCCGUCUACCCCCGCCAGAGAUUGGGCAGUACUGAGCAUGGACAGAAAUCUCCAUUUCGUGGCAGCCAUGGAGGCCUGCCCAGCCCAGCAUCAUCAGGGUCCCAGAUCUAUGGAGAUGGCUCAAUCUCUCCACGGACUGACCCACUUGGAAGCCCUGAGGUCUUCACAAGAAAUAACCCUGGUUAUCAUGGAGCUCCCAAUUCCAGCCCUAUUCACCUGAAUAGGACUCCUCUAUCUCCACCUUCAGUAAUGCUACAUGGUUCUCCCGUACAGUCAUCCUGUGCAAUGGCUGGAAGAACUAAUAUACCUCUUUCCCCAACCUUGACUACAAAGAGUCCAGUAAUGAAAAAACCAAUGUGUAAUUUUUCAACUAAUAUGGAAAUACCACGAGCAAUGUUCCACCACAAACCACCCCAAGGCCCACCUCCCCCUCCUCCACCUUCUUGUGCUCUUCAGAAAAAGCCAUUAACAUCUGAGAAAGAUCCACUUGGCAUUCUUGACCCUAUUCCUAGUAAACCAGUGAAUCAGAACCCUAUUAUCAUUAAUCCAACCAGUUUCCAUUCAAAUGUCCACUCUCAGGUACCUGUGAUGAAUGUAAGCAUGCCUCCUGCUGUUGUUCCUUUGCCAAGUAAUCUCCCUUUGCCAACUGUAAAACCUGGUCAUAUGAAUCAUGGGAGUCAUGUACAAAGAAUUCAGCAUUCAGCUUCAACCUCCCUGUCCCCUUCUCCAGUGACAUCCCCAGUGCACAUGAUGGGGACUGGAAUUGGAAGGAUUGAGGCAUCGCCCCAAAGAUCACGCUCAUCUUCCACAUCAUCAGAUCAUGGAAAUUUCAUGAUGCCACCUGUAGGACCCCAAGCCACUUGUAGUAGCAUAAAGGUUCCACCUAGGUCACCAAGGUCAACAAUAGGUUCCCCAAGGCCAUCAAUGCCAUCAAGCCCUUCUACCAAGUCUGAUGGACAUCAUCAGUACAAGGAUAUCCCUAACCCAUUAAUUGCUGGAAUGAGUAAUGUACUCAAUACCCCAAGCAGUGCAGCUUUUCCUACUGCACCUGCCGGAAAUGGUUCUGUAAAGAGUCAGCCUGGUUUGCUGGGAAUGCCUUUAAAUCAGAUCUUGAACCAGCACAAUGCUGCCUCCUUUCCAGCAAGUAGUUUACUCUCAGCAGCAGCCAAAGCACAGCUAGCAAAUCAAAACAAACUUGCUGGUAACAACAGUAGCAGCAGUAACAACUCUGGAGCUGUUGCCAGCAGCGGCAACACUGAAGGACACAGCACUUUAAACACCAUGUUCCCUCCAACUGCCAACAUGCUUCUCCCAACAGGUGAAGGUCAAAGUGGUCGAGCAGCACUAAGAGAUAAGUUGAUGUCUCAGCAAAAAGACUCAUUACGGAAAAGAAAGCAGCCACCCACCACAGUGUUGAGUUUGCUCAGACAGUCCCAAAUGGAUAGUUCUGCAGCUCCUAAACCUGGACCUGACUUGCUAAGGAAGCAUGGGCAGGGGUCAUUUCCCAUCAGUUCAAUGUCUCAGUUACUACAGUCUAUGAGUUGUCAAAGCUCUCACUUGAGUAGCAAUAGUACCCCGGGUUGUGGGGGAUCAAAUACUGCUUUGCCUUGCUCUGCUAACCAGCUGCAUUUUCCAGAUCCUAAUAUGAAUGCCACUGUUCUUCAGAAUUCACUGACACAGAGCAUACCUUUAAGAGGGGAAGCCGUGCACUGCCACAAUGCAAACACUAACUUUGUUCACAGUAACAGUCCAGUUCCCAACCAUCAUCUUGCAGGUUUAAUAAAUCAGAUUCAGGCUAGCGGGAACUGUGGGAUGCUCAGUCAGUCGGGCAUGGCUUUAGGAAACUCAUUACAUCCAAAUCCACCUCAGCCAAGACUGUCAACGUCCUCCACUCCAGUGAUACCAAACAGCAUUGUUAGCAGCUAUAAUCAAACAAGUUCUGAAGCAGGUGGUUCAAACCUGCCAUCCUCCAUAGCUAUAGCUGGCAGCAACCACCCUGCCAUCACAAAGACAACAUCUGUUCUCCAAGAUGGUGUCAUAGUCACCACCGCAGCUGGAAACCCACUGCAGAAUCAGCUGCCCAUUGGGAGUGACUUUCCUUUUGUUGGCCAAGAGCAUGCCCUUCAUUUUCCAUCCAACAGUACUUCAAACAACCAUCUUCCACACCCCUUGAACCCCAGCCUCCUCAGUUCUCUACCUAUCUCUUUGCCAGUGAAUCAACAGCAUCUCCUAAACCAGAAUCUAUUAAAUAUCCUCCAGCCUUCAGCAGGAGAAGGCAAGUCUGAGAUCCACCUCCACCCUUUAGGUUUUCUCAACCCGAAUGUAAGCGCUGCUUUAGCUUUUCUCUCCGGUGAUGUGGAUGGGCAGGUAUUACAGCCUGUUCACUUUCAGCUCUUAGCAGCCCUGCUUCAGAACCAAGCCCAAGCAGCUGCCAUGCUUCCCCUGCCGUCUUUCAAUCUGACCAUCUCAGAUCUUUUGCAACAGCAAAAUACCCCUUUACCCUCAUUAACACAGAUGACAGCCCCACCAGACCGUUUGCCAAGCAAUCAGUCAGACAACAGCCGAGCUGAUACCCUUUUAGGCAGCCCCCUGGGAAACCCUUUAACAGGCAGUGACACUACUUUUAACCCCCUGCUCCUCCCAGCUGUCACUGGGGCCUCAGGAUUAAUGGCCUUGAAUCCCCAGCUGUUGGGAGGUGUCCUGAACUCGGCAUCGGCCAACACCGCUAUUCAUCCAGAGGUUUCCAUAGCAACCUCCUCCCAGGCAACCACUACCACAACCACUACAUCAUCAGCAGUGGCAGCACUGACUGUCUCAACACUUGGUGGGACAGCAGUGGUGUCAAUGGCAGAAACAUUGCUGAAUAUAUCUAAUAAUGCUGGGAAUCCACCUGGUCCAGCUAAACUCAACAGUAACUCUGUGGUGCCACAGCUACUUAACCCUCUACUGGGGACAGGUCUGCUUGGUGAUCUAUCAUCCAUAAACAAUUCAUUGAAUAACCAUCAACUGACUCAUCUACAGUCGCUUCUAAACAGCAGUCAGAUGUUUCCUCCGAAUCAGCAGCAGCAGCACCUUCUCCAGGGACACCAGAAUCUCCAGGCUUUCCAAGGACAGCCCACAGUCCCUUGCCCAGCUAACAAUAACCCCAUGGCUUGUCUGUUUCAGAACUUCCAGGUGAGGAUGCAAGGAGAUGCAGCUCUUCUAAAUAAAAGAAUAAGCACUCAGCCUGGGCUCACAGCACUUCCUGAGAACCCAAACCUUGUACUUCCGCAUUUCCAAGAUACACCUUGUGAGCUGCAGCCAAGGAUUGACCCGUCUCUUGGUCAGCCCAUGAAGGACGGCCUUGUUAUGGGUGGCCAAGGUGAUGCCUCCGUAGACGCCAUUUACAAAGCAGUUGUGGAUGCAGCCAGCAAAGGAAUGCAGGUUGUCAUCACCACUGCUGUCAACAGCACGACUCAAAUCAGCCCUAUCCCAGCCCUGAGCGCCAUGAGUGCCUUCACUGCCUCCAUUGGUGACCCAUUAAAUCUGUCCAGUGCUGUGAGCGCCGUCAUCCACGGGCGGAACAUGGGAGGAGUGGAUCAUGACGGCAGGCUGAGGAAUGCGAGAGGGGCGCGGCUACCCAAGAACAUAGACCAUGGGAAGAACGCCAGUGAAGGAGACGGGUUUGAGUGUUUCAAGUCAGCGAGCUGCCACACAUCUAGAAAACAAUGGGAUGGGGAGCAAAGUCCUAGAGGGGAGCGCAACAGGUGGAAGUAUGAGGAGUUUUUAGAUCAUCCAGGCCAUAUCCAUAGUAGUCCUUGCCAUGAAAGGCCCAACAAUGUCUCUACACUGCCAUUUCUAGCUGGGGAACAGCACCCGAUAUUGUUACCACCAAGAAACUGUCAAGGUGAUAAGAUUCUGGAGGAAAAUUUCAGGUAUAAUAACUACAAAAGAACUAUGAUGAGUUUUAAAGAGAGACUAGAGAGUACUGUGGAGAGAUGUACACACAUUAAUGGAAACAGACCUCGUCAGAGUCGGGGCUUUGGAGAGCUGCUAGGCACUGCAAAACAAGACCUAGUCCUAGAGGGGCAGUCUCCAGGUUCUUCGAAUAGUUUGGAAAGUUCUCUGGUCAAAGACUACAUCCAUUACAAUGGAGACUUUAAUGCCAAAAGCAUUAAUGGGUGUGUGCCUAGUCCCUCAGAUGCUAAAAGCAUUAGUAGUGAAGAUGACCUAAGGAAUCCAGACUCGCCCUCUUCUCAUGAGUUGAUACACUAUAGACCAAGGACGUUCAACGUUGGCGACUUGGUUUGGGGCCAAAUCAAAGGACUGACUUCCUGGCCUGGAAAAUUCAUAAGAGAAGACGACGUUCACAAUUCAUGCCAACAAAGCCCUGAGGAAGGGAAGAUUCUUCAUGACUCAUUGAGGUCUCACAAGCUUCUGGAACAUAAAAUGAAGAGGGGAUGGUUAUAGUCACCAAAGUGUCAUAUUGCCAAGGGGUGAGUUAUGAAAAACUUAUAGACGCACUAGGGUCAGGGUGACCCUAGCCCUAAACCAGAUUUCUAGAAUUCUGUCAACUCUGCCUUCCUUCUCUGUAUUUAUGUAGCCCUUUAUUCCAUAAAUAGAGGAAGACAAGUGUCAGUGACUGGGAGAAAUAUGGCAGAGGAAGGGUUGUUCCCAGGCAGCAAGGUGUGCCAACAGAUAGCUCCCCUCCACGAGUUUACAUGUGACAUCCAGAGGUAGGGCAUUGGUAAAGUCUGAGUGGAGCUCCAACCAUUACAGAAAGCAACCAGUAACACUUGAAUUCUUUUCAGAGGAAGUUCUGGGUCUUUUAUAACAUGUGGAAAUGUUUAUGUCAAUAGUCUAUGAUUACUUAACACAAUCUGACCAUAUAAAUUAAAUGAAAAUGUCUCCAUGAACUACCACCUGAGACAGAAGAAAUAAAUAGGAGUUUUUGACCUCUCUUACAAUUGGUAAAAUUGGUUGCAAGAAACAUGCAGAGUGUUUAACUUAAAUAGAAACAUUUUUUUACUGGAUAAGAAGAAGAAAAUCAUGCCCAGUUCUCUCAUAUGAAGAAACAAAAUUUCUCAUCUUCUUAGCUAAUAAGAGUCUCUCUUACAGGCGUACACUGUUCUCAUAAAGAGGGUACUGUGCAAAGCAAUUCAGCUCUGCUCAGACUUAAGCUGGCACUUAGAUUUAAUGGCAGGAAACCAAGAGCACUUUUGCCAGCACAAUAAAAGGACUGUCUUUCGUCACGGGGACAGGAGGUCCUCAAACCCUUGCUUAUAAUGCCUUGUCAUGGUACACUUAGAGCCUGGUGUUUCUACUUCUGAUAAGAAAAUGAAUUCCAUACUGCAGCUCACAAAGCAUGUUAUUCUUAAUGCUCUCUGAGGCCAGCCAAGCAUCUGUUAAGUUGAUAAACCUAAAUAUUUUUGACAGUUUAUUCAAGAGAUAAGUAGAAACAGCAAAAUUGGGCUGCUUAUAAAUGGAAGUGCUACAAAUUCAAGAGAGACUCACUAAACUGCUUUACAAUUUCUGUGCAAAUGAAACCAAAGCUGUUCAGGUACCAUUUUAUAAAAAUAUACAACUGAAGAAAGAUUAUGACCCUCCUCCAAACAUUUUUCUUGCCUGAGUCUGCUUCUAGAUGCCAUUGUGUACCCUCACGUGAUAAAAGCAUGUAUUGUUUGUUUGCAUAAGUCUGUAUGGUGUGCCAUGUGUUUGCAUGUAUGUAGGCACAUAAGUAUGUAUGGGUACAUACACUUACGUAUGUGUGUGCCUGUGGAGAUCCUGGACACCCCUGGUGGAUGUCAAGUAUCUUCCUCAGUCUCUUGGUCCUUCACUACCCCUGGCUUGUUUCAACUAGUCUGGCACAGCCCUUUGUCCCUGAGGGCCACCACACCAGCCUGGCUUUUUUUUAUAUGGAGAUGUAAACUGCUAAAUCACCUCAAGCCCUCCUGAUCUUUAGAUGACUUGAAGGAAUUGGGGGGGGGGGUUGGGUUGUUUGUUUGUUUGGUUUGGGUUUUGGGUUUUAGGGUUUUUUGCUACACUUAAAACAGCAAUUUAUUUUCACUUUUACUGAUUGUAAAGUAAGAGUGCUUUUUAAAACCAGAUUCUUCCUACAAUAGAACAUGAAAUUAUUUUGGGAAAAUUAUUUUCUCCCUUUAUUGACAUUAGAAUAUUGAUUUCUCAAGUUAAAGCUCUGUUAUCAAGACACAUUAAAAGUAUUAUUAGUAAUUCAAAAUAUAUAAAUUAAAGCAUACAUUAUGAUAUGAAAACUAAAAUAUCUAUUGAAAUAUUGAUGAUAAUACAUAAAAUAUUUGCCUAUCACUAAAAAGCAAGUUACAGAGCUUAGCAGGGAAAGGUAUGUGCUGCCAAGCCUGACAUGAAUUAGAUCCCCAGGAGCCACAUGAUGAGAGGAGACGACUGAACUCUACAAGUUGUCUUCUGACAUUUAUACACACACACACACACACACACACACACACACACACACACCCUCAUACAGAUACAUGUCAUAAUAAACUUUUAAAGCAAGGUACAACAGCAGUGAAAGCUCUAAGCUACUUGGCAUUUUUUUAAACAGCUAGUCUUUUCAAGACCCAUAAUGCUUUUGUACAUAAAAAGCAAAAUAUUUAUUUUGCUACACUUAUUUUUUAUGUGUAUUUCACAAAACAGAGAAAAAGCAUCCUCAUCUUUUUUAAUAAUGCUCACUUUUCUCAUCUUCAUGAGACCCAAAAACACUCAAACAAGACAGUCAGAACUCAAACCAGGUGGCCUUUGUGCAGUGUAUUAAUGACCCCUAUCAUCAUGGAAAGAUUAAAAUAUAGUCAGUACCUGAGUACAGCAAAGCAUGAUCGGUUAUUUGAGGAAGAUAUCUAAUAGAACAUUUUUUAAAUUUGUCCUGUGAUUGAAGUGAACUAAUUAUGACAAUGAGUUUUAUUUACACAGGACCUCUCAGCAAUAUUGGAUAAAUAAAGCCUUGAAUGCUAAGAAGCAGGCUUCUGUUUUUAAAAAGUAAAGACCAUAGGUGUCCUUCUGUGUACUGAUGGGUGGUCCACACUUUAUAUAAGCCUAUGCAUAGUACAGUAAAACCUUACAACUUCGGCUGGACCACUGUGUACUGUAAGGCCAUUUCUCAUAGUGUUUACCACCAUGGUAAACCAAACAGCUGUCUUACAUGUUGUCAUGUUAAUCCUUCCUAGCCUUUGUCUUUGAUGCUAUUUGCAUGUACAACAAAGUAAAUUAAUCCAAGAGCCUGUCAGAUCCUAGCAGAUAAAACCCCUGUUAACUCAUUUGUAAAAUAGAUUUGUUAUCCUCCCCCAAUCCUGUCCACAUUUUUUUCUUUUAUAAUCUCUGUUCUUAGCAGCCACUCAAGAUUCUUUCUAGACGCAUGCAAGUUAGGAAAAUAAAUAAUAGCAGGAUCAUAGACUACUAUUUAAAAGCAAACUGUUUGUCUC